AUUUGAAUUAUUUAAUCUUUUCUUUUAUUCUUCUUCUUUUUUAAUUAAUCAGACAAUAAAUCAAUUUUGCCUAUUACCUUUUAUUAACUUUCAAUUAAACUCAAUUAAUCUACAAUGACUAUUCCAUCCACUCAAAAAGCUGUUAUCUUUGAAACUAACGGUGGUCCAUUAUUAUACAAGGAUAUCCCAGUUCCAAAACCAAAACCAAAUGAAAUUUUAAUCAAUGUUAAAUACUCUGGUGUUUGUCACACUGAUUUACAUGCUUGGAAAGGUGAUUGGCCAUUAGCCACCAAAUUACCAUUAGUUGGUGGUCAUGAAGGUGCUGGUGUUGUCGUUGCUCUUGGUGAAAAUGUUGUCGGUUGGGAAAUUGGAGAUUAUGCCGGUGUUAAAUGGUUAAAUGGUUCAUGUUUACAAUGUGAAUAUUGUGUUACUGCCCAUGAAUCCAACUGUCCAUCGGCUGAUUUAUCUGGUUACACCCAUGAUGGUUCUUUCCAAGAAUAUGCUACUGCUGAUGCCAUUCAAGCUGCUAGAAUUCCAAAAGGUACUGAUUUAGCUUCUAUUUCUCCAAUCUUAUGUGCUGGUAUUACUGUUUACAAGGCUUUAAAAACUGCCGAUGUUAAACCAGGUCAAUGGGUUGCUAUUUCCGGUGCUGCUGGUGGUUUAGGUUCUCUUGCUGUUCAAUAUGCUAAAGCCAUGGGUUUUAGAGUUGUUGGUAUUGAUGGUGGGGUUGAUAAAGGUGAAUUUGCUAAAUCCUUGGGUGCUGAAGCAUUUGUUGAUUUCACUACUUCAAAAUCCGUUGUUAAAGAUGUUCAAGCCGUCACUGGUGGUGGUGCUCAUGGUGUUAUUAAUGUUUCUGUUUCUGGUGGUGCCAUGCAACAAUCUUUAGAAUAUGUUAGACCAACCGGUACUGUUGUUUUAGUUGGUUUACCUGCUGGUGCUAAAGUUUCUGCUUCUGUUUUCGAUUCAGUGGUUAGAACUGUUAACAUUAGAGGUUCAUAUGUUGGUAACAGAGCUGAUACUGCUGAAGCCAUUGAUUUCUUCACUAGAGGUUUAGUUAAAUGUCCAAUUAAGAUUGUUGGUUUAUCUGAAUUAGCCAAUGUCUAUAAAUUAAUGGAAGAAGGUAAGAUUUUAGGUAGAUAUGUUGUUGAUACUUCCAAAUAAGCAAUUUGAUUUGAUCUGAUCUAGUUUGAUCUGAUCUAGUUUGAUCUGAUCUAGUUUGAUCU